GCAUUCGAUAGUGAGGUGUCAACUAAAUUAGGCCAAAUUUUGCAGGUGAUUGUUUUUCAUGUUAUUCACUGCUUGAAAACAGAAAAAUCGAAGGGAAUUUAAUGUCAUCCUCUUAAUAAAUACACAUUCUACAGUCUUCAGGCCAAAUCGGUAAGUUUUAUGAAACAAGAAUAGGCUUGCGGAAUUGCUUGCCGUAACGCGAUGGUACGCCUAUUAUCGCUCGCGUUUCGCCCCACCCUCCAAAUUUAUGUCGUCGCAUGCAUUCCAGAUCGUCUAUCCUUACUAUUAAACCUCAUACAUGUGAAUUCUUACGGCUCUUUACUCCUCAGCAAGCCGAAUUUCUCAAAUAACGUCGUUGCAGCAAACAGGAAGUGAGCAGUAUAGCUCCAAAAUGGCGGAAGCACCUUAUCAACAACCUUUUGCUUCAUAUCCAGGAGUUAAUCCUAGUAAAGCACAGGAGAACUGUAGAGAAAGUACAGCUGAUGCACAACAGAUGCCAAGAGGAAAACCUCGAAUAGCACGAUGCUACGAAGUAGCUUGGCCUUUCGGAUACCAGUACUGUUAUUACUAUAAUUCACCAUCGCAACAAUUGGUAGAUUCGAACGCAAACGUUCACGUGACGAGAUCGAAUGCGACUAGUCCUCAUUUAGCCUGGUCGCCGCACCCUACAUAUAGCCACGUCCAACAGGAUAGUAUGCAGAAUCGGGUUAUGUCGCCUCACCCGAAUCCAGCAUCAAUUCAAAGAAUUUCACCUGUGCCCAUGCAACAACAGCGAUCUGAAGUAACAUCGCCGCAUUCAGCUGUGUCACCGUCUCCUAACCAAGCAAAUAACGUAGGGGCCCUGCCUCCAGGAGUUUCGAACAUUUCUCCUACACCUAUAGCAAAAGAAAAUGAGGCUAUAAACCAACAGCAACAACCUUCAUUAGCUGAAUGGUUGCAUCCUCUUGUUGAAGCGGCCGCUCAAAAGGAAUCGCAGAUUGUUACUAUGGCUCCGACACCGAACUGGAGCUAUCCCCAACAGACUUAUGCGUCGUAUCCCCACGUACCACAGUUAGCAAAUAAUAGUAAUGGGCAUACUGCUUUAAAGGUAGAGAGAGCAAUACAAGAAAUGGAAAAAGCAGAAGGAAAACCUAGUUAUCAGGAAAACGAAGAAGAAGAUGAUGAGUUAGCAAAUGGUGGCAUGACUAUAGAUGGGAAGCAAUCUCAAUCGGGUGAAAAUGGUUCUCAGAAUAUGGUUGUUCAUGCAGGUAAUGACGGGAGUCAAUUCAAGUGCGAAGAGUGCAGUUAUCAAUUUAAGGAUAGUAAGCAGCUUGAUUUGCACAGAAUCAUUCAUUUAACAGCACCUAAGACUCUACCAGCAACAAAUAUGCCACAUGGCAUUGCCCUAUUAAAUUCUAUGCAAAAUAAUGAAGUGUUAGCAAAUAAGGUUAUUGGAGAUGCCAUUCGAACUGUAAUGGCCGAACAACAAAGGCAUCAUCAGCAGCAGCACGUUGCUCCUCAAGUGGCAAUAAUAAAAAAUGAUACUUCACCGAAUAGUGAAGAUUUGAAGAUCUCACCGAAUAAUGAUAAUAGGCCGUUCAGAUGUGAAACUUGUGGAAAGGGUUUCACGCACAAAUCUAACUUGGUUUGCCAUAAGAGAACGCAUAGUGGCGAAAAGCCGUUUCAUUGCGAUUUAUGCGACUUUGCAUGUGCACAGAAAGGUUAUCUAACGGUACAUAGACGGAUGCAUACGGGAGAAAGACCCUUCAAAUGUGAGACUUGCGAAGCUGCUUUUAGUGAAAAAUCGCACCUGACGCGCCAUCGUCGAACACACACUGGGGAGAAGCCAUAUAAAUGCGAAAUUUGCGUUUCUUGUUUUACGCAGAAAUCGUCAUUAAAAACACAUAUGCGAACACAUACUGGAGAGAAGGCAUACGUUUGUGCUACUUGCGGUGUGCAUUUUCCUAAUAAAAUGAAACUGCGUAUACAUACAAUGACGCAUGGAGAGAGUGCAGUAAAGCAGGAAGAUGCGAAUUUCUUGUGUGAUAUUUGUAAGUUGGGAUUUAGUGGCCGGGGUAAUCUGCAGAGACAUAUUACUAGUAUUCAUCAAAAAGACGCAAACUAUGGCGGACCUCAUCAUGUAUCAGCAAGCCAACCCGCUACACCAAGGGCUAACACACCGGCAACUCAUCCGGCACCAGUUCAUCUGUCGGCUGUAUCGUCUGAGAAUCAUGAAUAA